AUGACUUCGCGACGAGAUGUUUCUGGUGGUGGUAACCACAAUAUGGGACAACGACGAUCUGGGCAAACUGGCUUUGUCAAUAUCGGCUUGGAGCAGAGACUUUUCAGUCUGUGGGAGAAGAGCAUGCCAUGGUACCUUCAGCCCAUGGUUCUUCAUAGUCAUCCAUCGCAUGCAGAUGUCAGCUCCUACGAGCAGCUGGCCGACUUUGUUGGAGUUUAUCUUCCGGAACCUCCUCAACCAGGCGAGGAGUACGAGUCGCCGUUUCCAGCGUAUAUUAGAAACAAGCACAUGACACACUUAAUGUUUGUCGAGUAUCGAGGUUUUUCAAGGAAUGAGAAAGACUAUCGUCGCAACCAAGGAGAUUGGCUGAACGAAGCAGAGUACUUCGAAGAUCACGACGUAGUGCGAAGUCCUUACCAACAGUGUCUGGUUAUGAACCAAGACUUCUCUCUUCUUGUCCGUUCUGAGAAUGGAUAUGAGGGCACUCUUGUUCGCACCAAACGGAAGCCACCAAAACCUGUCCCUAUGCUUUCCAAAUCAUUUUCUACCGAGAAGAAUAGCACGACGCAAUAUCAUGCAUCAAUGGAAGAUAUGUAUGAUGAGUGGAAACUCAUUGAUGAUGAGACCUCCAGGAUCCUGGGACGAAAGCAAAUCGCGUUGACACCUUUGAAGCUUUUCCUCGAACCGAAGACAUUCCCUACUGACACGUUAAGUGAGUACGCACUUCUCUCGUCACCUGCUCUUGCGCUUCGGCGAUCGGAUGAAUUCAUUGAAAACCAAAAUGAAGGCUCCGCUCCAGAAGGCUGGCUGCAGACGCUGGAAGGCGUAUACUGCCUCGUAAAAGGUUUUGUUUACAACACCAGAGGCAGUCGUCUCAUUGGAUGGAGACGGAUGGAAGGCCUAACGAAUCUCGGUCUGUCAUCGAAUAGACCAACUUCGAACACCGAUCGCGAUCUCUGCCUCUAUUUUGAUGACGUAUCGAAGCAGUUCGCUGUUCGGCCAUUUGAUAUUGGUUGUGGAGAGCUGCACCUAUUUGAGCUCUGCCCACCAGAGCUAGCUUCUACAAAACUUCCCUCUCGAGAACAUUUUGAUCCUUCAGACCAAUCGAAAAAUAUUGCUUCAUUGUGGACGGCACAUCUCUGCGGAGAGGGCCAUUUCAGUAUCCCGUUCGAAUUAGCACCUGUAGAUUACUUCCUAAAACGGGGAAGUGAGCAGAAGUUUAAUACAAACAAAGAAAAAAUUGCUGGUCGAGAAACAGGUUGUGACACUUCGCUGACAACAGAUUUAAACGAAUUGACAGGAGAAACGAUCAAGGGAUCAGUUGAGGAGUCGUCUGGUUCAGCAAAGAAAAAAAGGAAAAGGAAGAAAAAGCGGAAGAAAAAGAAGACCAUGGCAGAGUCCCUGAGCGCCACUGACACUGAUGUGCAGCCUUCAAUCGAACAGCUUUCCGUUGAGGUCGAAAGUGAAGCAGCUUUAGAACAACCUACACUCGAUUUGAAAACGGAUGAUGUGAUUCCAGUCAAGGUGGACCCACACCCUAGCGCUGCGCUGAUUGGAAACUCUUCUGCUAUUAGCGCCGAGGAAGCUAAAGAACCGAAGACGCAAACUGAUGAACUUCAUCCGAGUAAUCAUUAUGACAACCAUGUACGUUUGAGUUCGAAUGAUAGGGCAAUUGAUAACGGCUAUUCAGCAGAACAUGGUUGUAAUGAGUUGGACUUUUCAAAGUCAAUUAUUCAGCAUGAUGAAACUCCAAUGGAUCUUACAUCCACCCUACAGAGAUUGUGUGAAUGGCUAGAUGAAGAGUUGUCACGAAGCCCAUAUGAAUUGAACAAGUGCGAGCUGGGUGACCUCGUCGGUUUUGAAGAGGAGCCCAGUAUUGCAACUAUUUCAAACUUUCUCUUUCAAACGACACCACAUGACUCCGGGGAUCUCUACUGGCUUCGAAUUUCCGAGACUACAACAAGUAGUAUCUUUUGUCGGCUGCUAUCUUCAUCAGACAUCGAGGCCUCAAGAGUAGCUGAAUGGAUCCAAGCAACCGCUGGAGAUCUAUUACUCAAAUGCGUGGACAACUGUCGCACAAAGGACGUUUUUGCCUUGUUGAAUUGUGAUGAAGCGACUGAUUGGUUCCGAGAAGAGGCGAAUAGUGUGUUACGGGAUCUCUUGCAAAAAGACCGUUUGACAGAUAUCAUUGAUUUGAUGAGUAACCACAAAGCAGUCCCAUUUAUUGAGACGAACUUGCUUUGCCAAAUCCUUGGCACAUUACCAACAAGAAGGGGAGGAAGCGAACUCGGCAAUUCUUUUGCGAAGGCAAUAUGGAAGGUACGGUUGGAAUCGACGGAUGACAAAAAAAUCGUCACGGAAUGCAUGUCCAACAAGCUUAGUAAAGACGCGGCCCGACGAGUUAUGCAUGCAUUGAAGAAAGGAAUGCAGCACUUGAAGAGGCAACUAAAAGCAGAGAAACAGAAAGCAGAGACCAUCGAUCCGGCGAUUUCGGACGAAAAUACACCUACCGAACUGGCUCCAGCUGCAAGCGCUGUACGCGAAAAUGAUACACAAAGCGCACAAGAAAGUAUCAAACACUUUCAACUACUUAUCGAUGACUCUAUCAAGUCGCAUGCAGAGCGGCUAAGGAAUUUGAAAAGUACUGUCACUAAUGGCACUCGAAUUCAACCCGAUCAACAAGAAAUUGAUGAUACAGGAACACUUGUUGAAGCUGAAGAUCAAGCCCACAGCGUCAGUAGUGUACCGCCGCCAGCUCUAUCACCGACAGAAAUAGCUGCCGCUAUGGCCAGAUGUGCCACCCUCGACCAAAAAGAAGCUGAAGAAAUCGUCAACCGUGUGGAAAUGUCGCUUGAUUUGUCCAAUUGGAGCACGACAUCCGAAUGGGUCGUGGAAAUUACGGAACAAGCACACAAGUGGUUCCGCAAGCGAUCCAAGAAGCAAUAUGGCCUUUGCGAGCGUGUAGUUCGCAGGAUGCAGCUUCUCUCGACUGGAAGGUGGCCAUACGUGUUAUGCAAGCCUGUUCGUACUAGCAAAAGUGUUUCGAUAAAUCUCUACGAGUCUAAGAUUGACUCAGGGAGCCGUAUUCUUUGGGAGGUAGCUGUAUCUUUUUCUCCACGAAGGUCGCGUGAAGGGGAGUACUUUGGCGAACAGGUAAUUCGUGUAUGGGAUAUUGUUGUCAAUCACGACGCUCUCACUACGGCUAUUGAUCAAGCAGUAGAACGAGCAGUCGAUCGGAUCGAGAAGUCUCACAUUCGUGGAGAAAAGUGCCAAGUGUUCACGGAAUUGGACGGGUAUGGAGGCAGUGUUGAAAACAACGGGGAGAAAGGGAGUCAGUGUAUUACGCAGCGUAUCCCUAAGGUUUUUCAGAUGAAACAAGGGGUGAAAGGUCUUGACGUACCAACGAAGGCAGUAUACUAUGCUCCAGCAAAUGAUGAUGAGAAGCAAUACAAUCUUUUGAAGUUUUAUGAAAUGAAUGCCGAGGCUGUUGGGCUGCUGUUGGACGGAGAUGUGGAUAAUGCCGAUUUACCAUUUACUCCUGGGCCACAAGAGCACGAAAUAAUUCAUUUUAAUCCAAACCCAAAACGCAGUCUGUUGUUGCAAGGAAGAAGUGGGACAGGGAAGACCACAUGUCUUGUCUUUCGAAUGUGGGCAGAGGGUAUAUCGUUGGCUGGAAGCAAUGAUGACGAUAUGCCUCCUCGGCAGCUAUUUUUGACCAAGAAUGAUGUGCUUCGCCGGGAAGUGGAAAGAUCAUUUAAGUGUAUGGGUCUAGCUUGGAGAAAACGACACAGGAGUACACACCAAGCAGCUCCAAUGCGGUUUCCAGAUGACGAGAAUAGUAAUAGCAUUACCUUUCCUCUGUUUUUGACAUCAUCAGAAUGGCUGGAUAUUUUGGACGGAGAAUUGUCCGGGGAACGCUUUUUCUCGUCUAAGGAAUUAGAGACCCGUAUCAGCGCUAGGCUGAAAGAUGACACGGCCCAACGUGGGCUAGAGGAGUUUUUCGAUAAUACAAACAGAGACACUUCUGGUGAAAGGGAUUCCAAGUCUGGUGCUAGAAAAGAAAUGACCUUCAGCAGAUUUUGCACCCUUUGGUCCAAAAUCAAUUCCAAAACUAAGUCGAAGAUGGCUCCCGAUCAGGUAUGGCUCGAGAUAAAGAGUCAUAUCAAAGGAUCUGUGGCGGCAUUACAUCUCGAAGAUGCUUUUUCGUCUUCACAUAUUCGCUUCUUGAGUCGAGAUGAGUAUCUUUCUCUACCACGAAAGCAAUCAAGACUCGAUCAGCCCUCAAGGCAAGAGGUUUUUGACCUAUACGAGAGGUAUGAAAAAAUGAAAAAGGGCAAGUACUACGAUGAAAUGGAUAUAGUAUACCAUCUUGCACAUCGGAUUCCACCUCGACAAGAGCUUAAACAGCUUCCGACUUGCCCCAUCCCUGUCGAUGCAGUUUAUGUCGACGAAGUGCAAGACUUUACACAAAGUGAGCUGUUGCUUUUGGCAAGAUUGUGCAAUGACUCGAACAGUCUCAUGCUGGCCGGAGAUACUGCUCAGAGUAUUACUGCCGGCGUUUGGUUUCGGUUCGCGGAUGUGCGACAACUGUUUUACGGUCAAUUCGGCGGCGAUGAACCUCGCUUGCAAAAGUUGACCCACAACUAUCGUAGUCACUCUGGAAUUCUCCAUCUUGCGGCAGCUGUGGUCGAGCUGCUGUAUCACUUCUUCCAAGAGAGCUUAGAUAGGUUGCCGCCUGAUUUUGGUCUAUUCCCAGGGCCGAAACCUGUAGCGAUGGUUGUGUCGUCAGUCGAGGAUUUGGUCCUUAUGUUGGAUGGAUCCAAACGGGAGACAUCAAGAAUUGAGUUUGGAGCCCAUCAAGUGGUUCUUGUGCGGAACGAAGAAGCGAAACAGCAUCUACCUGAGGAGUUUGGUGUUGAUAAAGACUGGGUGAUGACGGUGCAAGAAUCAAAAGGAUUGGAGUUUGAUGACGUUCUUGUCUUGAAUUUCUUCCAAGAUUCCCCAGCAGGUGACUCGUGGAGGGUGAUAUCCAACUAUGGGUUGGAGCAGGCAAAAAGUUACUACGACGAAUGUGAAUCAGGGUCUCAAACGUUUCAAUGGGAAGAUAUCAGCGCAACCCAACAAACUAGACCUCUUGCUUUCGAUUCAGAGCAACACAAGACGCUCGAAACUGAACUCAAAAUUUUGUAUACAGCCAUAACUCGAGCAAGAGUCAACGUGUUUAUUGCUGAGAUGGAUUCUUCGCUUUGCCAGCCCAUGUUCAACUACUUCCGUCGGCGCAAGCUUGUCGAAUUUGUUUACAACGAUGAUGGUCAAGGAUUGUCUUCUCUACCAGUCUUUGGGCAGAUCGACACCGUUGAUGAAUGGAAAGCACGCGGUCAGUAUUACCUCAAUAGUGCUGGUGGGCACAAUGAGAACAUUGCUGCACUCCGGCUUGCCGCGCGGUGCUUUGAAAAAGCUGGCGAAACUACGAAGAUGGAACGAGCGCUAGCUUAUGCUGCAUUCCUACGCAUCGAAAGACAAGAGACCGAGGGUCCAAAGAAAAAGAAACGUGGAACGGAGAAGAGACUGGAGCGAUAUAGGAUUGCUCUCAAUCUCCUUGAGACCGGCGACACGGAGUUUCUUGUGAAAGCAGGUUUGUGCCUGGUGCGAACAGGAAGUUCUGAGUUUGGUCGGGUGGCGAAAAUGCUGGAUACUCAUUCGUCUAUUCGCUAUGCGACCCGGGUGUUAUCCGACCAUACGCCGAACAAGAGACCAUCUGCAGACGAAAGACGCAACUUUUCAUAUGCAUCUCAAUUGUACUUUAGUUGUAUCUCCGGCAAAGACCGGUCAGUUGAUGAGCGCAGCCAGUUGAUGGUGGAUUGUUUUCGGUGUUGCGUUUCGUCGUGGGAAGAAAAUGACCUGGAACGUGCCUUAUCCCUUCUGGACAGCAAUUCUCGGCUUUCAAGCAACGUGAUAUUGGAUCUUGCAUCUGUUUGGUCGGGCACAGAAACAGAAUACCCCAGUCCUAUUUCGUACUGGAUUUCCGAUAUUGGUAAAAACUCCGGGGCUUCAAGACGGCUCCAAGAAUCGAUGACAAAAACAGCUCGUAUUGCGUGCCGUCAGUGUCAUAUACAGAACAAUAGAGACGGGCUUUCAAGGGCACUGUCUGUCAUAUCAACGCGAAAGGAACGAAUUCAGCUACUAUCGAGUCUUGAAACAAAUGCAGAAUCAUUUCUGCUCAAAUGCAAGUGGAGUUCAGAGCACCCUGCUUUCUGUACGGAUGCUGGCCCGGGAACUUUCGAAAAGCAAGAUAAGCUCGUGGAUGUGACUGAUCUUCUUUUAAAUGAAUUGCUCGGCGAUGAUGACUUUGAUGGUGCAGCUAAACUGCUAUCGCAGAGAGGGCAGCUACUUCGAGCAGCCGAUUGCAUUGGAAGCAAACGCGAUGUCGGUUCAAAGAAUAUGGCUAUUUCAUUCAAGAUCUUGCAUAUAGAGCUUAUUCAGGGCUGUCCAAGCAGUGGAGACAAAGAUGUUGAUUUGGUUUCCCAACAGCUCAGUGCGAUUGUAAAGGAGUAUGAAGGGACUGGGAGUGGUCUGUUGGCUGAGACAAAGCUGGGCUUGCUUCUUGCACAAGCAAGACAUACCAAUAAAGUAAACGACUGGGAAACAUUGGUUAAAGCUGCAGACGGGGCAUUCAUUUUGUGGAAACUUGAUAUCUGGUUUUCAUUGCUAGAAGUUGCAGCCGAAUCCCCAAUUGUGAGGAAAUUGGAUUCAUAUCUGACGAUUGAUUCACUGUUGAAAAUGGGCAAGGAAAUCCAGGAUAUAAUCUCUCAUUUGAGAGAUGGAACGUCGACUGAUGGAUCGGCAGUUGCGGCAAUUCAUUCAUUCUUUCGAUUGGAGGUCAGUCCUCUUGAUCCUGAUUUGGUGUUGACGGCAGUCGUUACAAACUGGCGUUUAAGGACUGCAAUGAAAAAGACCGGUAUCAAGCUUUCGCCGUCAGCACUCGCAUCAAAAGCAUUAAUGGUGCCAGUCAAUGCGAAACAAAUCAAUCAUAUGCUUGCACUCUACUGCUGCCACCUCUCAAUUGACGUAUUGAAUCGUGUUCAAGAACAAAUCAAGCCUACCAUUGUUCAAAGAAUAUCUGGGGCAAUUUCUAUCGCUGAGCCCUCAGACCUCCUACAAUUUCGCCUAUAUUGCUUCGAAGAAAUGAAGACAAUUGCCAAUCUUGGACUUGCACUCGAAAAACAGAAGAGUUCUCUUUGGGGGUCGAAAUUAUAUGAAAUUGAAGCAGGCCGAAACUCAGCACUAUCCGAUUUCUGGAAUUUCAUUAAUUCUUAUGUUGGUACACCUGUUCAUUAUUCCGAGGACGCUAGCAAGGUUGGCCGAGAAGGCUGCAUUACUAUCAAAGGCAAACCAAUCUUAGAUUGUCUCCGGAACUUUGCACUUUCUUUUUGGUAUGACCUGCCACAAAAGCAGAGAAAAACUUCAUUCGAGGAGGUGCUGAAACUAUGGAGAGCUCUUGAUAUCUGUCUACAGGCAAGUGAUCGAUCUGUUGAACUUUUCGGCAAGAAGCUGAAUAGCGCAGAGCAUUUGCAAGAUGCGCAACGAGAUUAUGAAAAAAACAAUAUGCACCAUUUUAUCAAAUCGAAGACAAAAAUAAAGGCAAAGAAGGUCACUGCUGUGAAGACAAUCUUUCGAAUGUGGAAGUGGGCGCUGGAAUCUGCAAAGACGAACCUUUUCAACUCCAUCACGUUGGUUGAAAGGCUAAUAAAAGAAACCUCAGAAAGGAAAACUUUGAAAACAUUGCCGAUGCAGUAUCAGAUCAGUUUGCUUGAGACCAAUUGUGUGGCGCUCCUUGCAAUGAUUUCUUACCGAUACAGUGAAUCUGGCUCCAAAAAAAUUUGGCUUGCGCUACCGGAAAAACGAUACAUUGAGAUGUACUUGGUGGGCGACAGUGGCACUGGCAAUGCAUUUGGACGAGGAUUUGGAAUCCGCCUAUUGGAUACCAUUCAUAGCAUUGAGAAAAAAGACGUGACAUUCACAUUUUUCAAUCGUUUUCUGCUGCACUUCGAAAUUCUUGCCGACACUAUUCGUGAUUUGCUGUCAUCAGAGAAGGAAGACAUUGAGUGCUUAGUGCGAUGUAUUACCCUUGGCUUUUGCAUCCUCUACAAUGCGAUUAUGUUGGCCCAUGGUGGAAAGUCAAUGGGAAGGAGCGAUAUUGAAAACGAUCUGAACACGCUGCCUCGGAUUCCAACGAGUGCUAACAUACUUCGGCUCGCUUUGAAACUUCGAGAAGUCUUGAGUGUGUUACAGAAGACUCCAAAUCAAUGGGAUAUUUCAGACGCCAAACAAGUUUUGCAUGAAUCUUCCACAGCACUUGAGCUAUUCAAGUUAGUUCAUAGGGUGUUUGAAGCGUCGACACGAGAUAGGCUUGUACUUUUUGGAAUAGAGCGCGACGCAACCAAUGGUUCCUGUGCGAUGAUAAGAAACGAAACCAGUGCAUUCACUCUGAUUGCAAAUACCAUUGGGGCUUUCGAAGCUACAGUAAUUGAAAGAGCUAGUGCAGAAGCAACAGGCGAUAUGUUAUUGGCCCUUCUGUCUAAUGACCCAUUUCCCACUAAAGACCUCUUGUCUAAGAAUUAUCGGAAUCACCAUACUGGUGAAACUGACGAGGUUUUGAUUGCGAGUAGUUAUGGUGAACGGCAAGAAGCUGCCAGGAAAAUACAAAGACUGCUUUGCAACCGACACUACAAAACGGCGGACGCAAACUACGCCAAUAAGUGUAUCGAUUAUUUUCGAAAGUGGAAGAUGGCCAUGGUGAUUCAGCAACAAAUACGGCUUUUUUUGGCUCGAAAAAAGGAAACUUCGGCCAAGUCAGAAAUCAUUCCAGAACCCAGUGGUGCUGCGACUACAGGGACAAGGCACCCCCUUGCAUCUAUUCCGAAUCGAUGGGCUGAUAUGGGGUUUGUUCGAGAUCAACAGCUGAAGUGGCAAUCGUCCCUUCAUUCAAGAUCGCCCUUCUUCUUCGAUGACGCUGAGUGUGUUUAUUGCGGCCUCACUUUCUGUCCAGAGAUUGCUGAAUCAAGGCGACAAUGGUGCCAAAUUAAUUUUCCUGAGAUGUCAUACAAAAGUUCAUCACAAACCUAUAACCAGCAGUUCUUUCAGGAACAGAUACUUUUCUCUCGUGGUGUCGGUGCUCGCCAUUUAAAAUUGGACAGACACGAAGCAAACCAGAACUUGGUACAUCAUACUCUGGAUCAAUUAAUCCUCAUCUGUGCCCGUGUUGACAUUGGUGGAAAUAUGCUGCAACAAGCUAUCGAUGCCUGCGAGAGCGAAAGCCGGAGAGGAGGUACUUUUGUUUCUUGGUACCUUAGUCGAAAAGAAGAAUUCUACAACAAGUAUUCCACCAUGAUGUCGAUGUUGCAGCAAAUGCAACAACUCUGCAUUCAAGGAAACAUACAACAACUUUGCAAUUCAAUAGACUACUUCAAGACCGAGUCGUUUGUGCCACAAUCAUUCCUGACGGAGAAACGGAACGAAGAGAAGCAAAUUAUGUUGGAAGCAGAUGAGAUUGAUAGCGAGUCUAUUCAUGACGGUGGGCAAAACCAUGAGGAGGAGGGAGAUAGCGAGGAGGAAGAUUACGACUUUGAAAUGUUUCUGAACAAGGGUGGGAAGAAGAAAACCUUUUAG